CCUUUUGGCGAAGUUUUAAAAAUAUCUCGCAAAACAUUUCAGUAGCUUCUGUUGAUUCUGUUCUAAUUUAAACAAUGUAUUGCCCACGUCACUCAGGUGUACGCCGAUCGCACUCUUUCAUUGGAUGCCAUGUAUAGUAUCCAUGUACAGGCGGGUUUCGUCGUUUUAAAUACCUUGGAGUUGUUUGUGGUUGUGCUUUGUGGAACACUAAACAAACUGUAGAACAAUAUUUACGUGCUAUGGCAGAAGCUGGAAGUGAGAAACUAUCGAAGAAUGAACUGAAGAGACGACUAAAGGCUGAACAAAAGGCAAAGGAGAAAGCGGAGAAAGAGAAACAAAAAUCUGAAACACAAGCACCAAAGAAGAAGACUGAUACACAUGCUGCUGCAGAGGAAGAAGUCAGCCCAAAUGAAUACUUCCGUUUACGAACACAAGCUGUUACACAAUUGAAGCAAAGUGAUGAACAUCCAUAUCCCCACAAAUUUCAUGUUUCUAUAUCCUUAGAAGAGUUUGUAGAAAAAUACAGUGGUGUUAAAGAUGGAGAAAUCUUGGAGAACAUCGAACUUAGUGUGGCAGGGCGUGUUCAUGCUAUCAGAGAAUCUGGAGCGAAGUUAAUAUUCUAUGACCUGAGGGGGGAAGGUGUGAAAAUUCAGGUUAUGGCAAAUGCAAAAUUGUAUUCCUCUGAAGAAAAGUUCAUUGAGGAUACAGGUAAAAUAAGACGUGGUGAUAUUGUUGGCUGUGUUGGGUCUCCAGGUAAAACCAAGAAGGGCGAACUCUCAAUAAUACCAAGACAAAUUAAACUGUUGUCCCCAUGUCUUCAUAUGCUGCCACAUCUACACUUUGGUUUAAAGGACAAGGAAACUAGGUUUCGCCAGAGGUAUCUUGAUCUGAUUUUGAAUGAAAAAGUACGUCAGAAGUUUCAUGUACGAGCACAAAUUAUUUCAUAUGUGAGGAGAUUUUUAGAUAAUUUAGGAUUUCUAGAAGUAGAAACUCCAAUGAUGAAUAUGAUUGCUGGUGGUGCAACAGCUAAGCCAUUUGUUACACAUCAUAAUGAACUAAAUAUGGACCUGUACAUGAGGAUUGCACCUGAGCUUUACCUGAAGAUGCUGAUAGUAGGUGGUAUUGACCGUGUUUAUGAAAUUGGAAGGCAGUUUAGAAAUGAAGGUAUUGAUCUAACACACAACCCAGAAUUUACUACAUGUGAAUUCUAUAUGGCUUAUGCAGACUACAAUGAUUUAAUGCUCAUUACUGAGAGCAUGGUAUCAGGUAUGGUUAAAAGUAUUCACGGGUCGUAUAAAGUGACAUAUCAUCCAGAGGGCCCAGAUGGAAAAGCAAUAGAAAUUGACUUUACACCUCCAUUUAAGAGAAUAAGUAUGUUCCCAGCAUUAGAGGAGAAACUAAAUAUAAAAUUACCAAGCCCAGAAACACUUGGAACACCUGAAGCAAAUAAGUUUUUUAGUGACUUGUGUGAAAAGCACGAAGUGGAAUGUGCGCCACCACGAACAACUGCUCGGUUGCUGGACAAGCUGGUUGGAGAAUUCCUUGAAGAAAACAGUAUAAAUCCAACAUUUAUUAUUGACCAUCCUCAAAUAAUGAGUCCUUUAGCCAAAUGGCAUCGAUCUGUUAAAGGAUUAACAGAAAGAUUUGAGUUGUUUGUAGCAACAAAAGAAAUAUGCAAUGCAUACACUGAGCUGAAUGAUCCUAUUGUCCAACGGGAACGAUUUGAGCAACAGGCAAAGGACAAAGCUGCUGGUGAUGAUGAAGCUCAGCUUAUAGAUGAAAACUUCUGCACAGCACUUGAGUAUGGUUUGCCUCCAACGGCUGGAUGGGGAAUGGGAAUUGACAGACUUACAAUGUUCUUGACCGAUUCAAACAAUAUAAAGGAAGUUCUGUUCUUCCCAGCUAUGAAACCAGAUGAUCCUAAUAAGGGCAAAGAGAAUGAUGAAAUUAAGCAAUGACCAGGUUCCAUUUUUCGGGAGAUGAACUUACAAGGAUACAGAGUCCACACUGUUGCUUCUGGAUACGUGUGAAAUCACAUGAGAUACUCAUGUUGUGGGGUGUGCAAUUUCUGCUUCAAUUCAAUGACAGUUAUUGACCACAAAUCCCCAUUGGCAAGACUAUUUUGACACAUGCAAUUUUAUGUUUUAUUGUGCUGCUGCCCUGGCCGUAGUAAGCCAGUAAUUGAACACGUGAACAUGUGAGAAAAAUAUGGAGUAUUUUUAAGAGGCAGAAGUAAUGAAACUCAGUUGUUGACCUUUAGCACUGUUUUUUCUCCAGUGUUAAGGGGGCAGUUUCUGAUUUUAUUUAUUUUUAGUUUCCUAAUUACCAUGUUGGAGGCUGCAGUUGGAAAUGAAUGCAAUUGAUGCAAGUGAAUUUUGUAAAAUUUUAGAAAAUAAUGUAAGGUGUGAAUCUUUCUUCAUUGCCCAAGUUAAAUGGGUAGACGUGUGUGUGUGUGUGUGUGUGUGUGUGUGUGUGUGUGUGUGUGUGUGUGUGUGUGUGAGAGAGAGAGAGAGAGAGAGAGAGAGAGAGAUGAAAGUAACUAAUUAUUUGCCUUAUUCUGCAAGUGUCAACGAAACACACAGCAGUGUGUUGUGCAUGCUUCCUGUCACUUAGAAGAAAGAGAGCAUGGUUUUAUCUUGUUGUUUGUUAAGAACGGUGCUCACUGUUUUUACUUACCGUAAUAAUGUUUUGCUACUUGCCAGGCAGCAGCAAAUUCUUGUUGAUGGAACUGUAGCUUUUUCGUAUUGAAAAAGAAAGUGGUCAAUUGAGGUCAAAAUUAUCCAGAGUCAGAGGAAACCUAAUUGGAAAUGGCAAAGAAAUAACUUUUCAAAUCUCA